GCCUCAUCGUCUCCUCCGUGCUCCACUUGCCCAUUCUUACGCGCUAAGCAACAGGCCAGCCGGCCGUAGCUCCAAAGCGGGAGCCGGAGCCGGAGCCGGAGCCGGGAGCUAAGGGGGGCCGUGAUGUCGUCGUCGCCGACGGCCGCGCCGGCGCCGACCACGCCAUCGGCUCCGCCGGCCAACGCGACAAAUCCGCCGCCCGCGACCCCGUCCGCGCCGCCACCGGCGGCGCCCACGCCUCCCACGCCCACCCCGCCCACGCCGUCCCCGCCGUCCCCAGCCGCGCCGCCGCCGUCACCCCCCUCCGUCCCGGCCCCCGCGCCGGCCUCCACCCCGGUGACUCCCUCUGCGCCCUCGCCCUCCUCCCCUUCCUCCCCGGGCACGCCCGCCACCCCGUCGCCUCCAUCGGACACCCCGUCGCCGCCAUCGUCCGGUGGAGGGGGCAGGUCCCCGCCGUCGUCUGGGGGUGGGCGAUCCACGCCGUCCUCCCACUCGCCUCCCAAGUCGCACUCGCCGGGGGGCGGUGGCGGCAGCUCCGGGCCGUCUACGUCGCUCGUCGUGGGCGUGGCCGUCGGCGGCCUCGUGCUGCUGCUGCUCGCCAGCUUCAUCUGCCUCUGCUGCCUCCGCAAGAAGCGCCGCCGCGCGCCGCCGCCGCCGCCGCCUCAGCACUACGGAUACCCGCCGCCCCCGCCGCCGUACAAGGAGGAUCCAUACGGUGGAACGUACCAGAGUUGGCAGCAAAAUGCGCCUCCUGCUCCACCCCCUGAGCAUGUGGUCAAGAUGCACCCUUCGCCUCCGCCAGCAUAUGCCAAUCGUCCUCCACAGCCGCCAGUGCCACCACCACCAGCGAUGCUAAAUAGUAGUGGUGGAUCUGGUUCUAAUUACUCUGGUGGCGAGAUCCUACCUCCACCAUCCCCUGGUGCUGUUCUUGGCUUCUCGAAGAGCACAUUCACCUACGAAGAGCUGUUGAGGGCUACUGAUGGAUUCUCGGAUGCUAAUCUCCUUGGACAAGGUGGUUUUGGCUAUGUUCACAGAGGAUUGCUGCCUAAUGGCAAAGAGAUUGCUGUAAAACAAUUGAAACUGGGAAGUGGCCAGGGAGAGCGUGAGUUCCAGGCUGAGGUUGAGAUUAUCAGCCGAGUACAUCACAAACACCUUGUGUCUUUGGUUGGCUAUUGCAUUUCUGGAGGCAAGAGGCUGCUUGUCUAUGAGUUUGUCCCCAAUAACACAUUGGAAUUCCACUUACAUGCGAAAGGUCGACCAACAAUGGAGUGGCCUGCUAGAUUAAAGAUCAGUUUGGGUGCUGCCAAGGGUUUAGCUUAUCUUCAUGAAGACUGCCAUCCAAAGAUCAUCCAUCGUGACAUAAAGGCAUCUAACAUUCUUCUUGACUUCCAAUUUGAAGCUAAGGUUGCUGAUUUUGGACUUGCAAAGUUCACUACUGAUAACAACACCCAUGUUUCGACAAGAGUAAUGGGCACCUUUGGGUAUUUGGCACCUGAGUAUGCAUCUUCUGGCAAGCUAACAGAAAAAUCCGAUGUAUUUUCCUUCGGAGUCAUGCUUCUUGAGCUUAUUACUGGGCGGCGACCAGUUGACACAACCCAAACAUAUAUGGAUGACAGCUUGGUUGACUGGGCAAGGCCAUUACUGAUGCGAGCACUUGAGGAUGGUGAAUAUGAUUCUUUAGUGGAUCCUCGGCUGGGAAAGGACUUCAAUCCUAAUGAGAUGGCAAGAAUGAUAGCCUGUGCAGCUGCAUGUGUACGCCAUUCUGCACGUCGUCGGCCACGUAUGAGUCAGGUCGUUCGGGCUUUGGAGGGCAAUGUGUCUUUGGAGGACCUUAAUGAAGGUGUUCGGCCUGGCCAUAGCCGCUUCUUUGGGUCAUACAGCAGCUCCGAUUACGAUUCUGGCCAGUACAACGAGGACAUGAAGAAGUUCAAGAAGAUGGCAUUCAACAACAACUAUACCAGCAGCCAAUACAGCGCGCCAACCAGUGAAUAUGGACAGAUACCGUCUGCAUCAAGCAGCGAGGGCCACCAGACGCAAGAGAUGGAGUCGGGUGCAAUGAAGAAAGGUGGCUACAGUGGUGGCUACAGCUCAGGAUACAGCGGAGCCUCGUAAGGGAAUUCCCUCUUUUUUUUUGUUUUUCUUUUGAUGUUUUCAUUGCUGCAUUUGUAAAGUCUGGCCGAAUUAUAUGACCAAAGCUGCUGACUUGCGCGUGAUGUAUCUGAGUUUGACCGAGUAUAGUUCUAUGUAGCUGC